AUGAUUUCAGUCCUUUUGAUGAUCUUCUACGUUGUAUCAGUGGCUGCCCACGGACCACCGCGAGACAGAGACAAUGAAGAUAUCGCUAUGGGGCGGAAGAUGGGUGCCAAAUGGUGCAGCAUGGCCAAAGUAUGCAACCACGACCGUAUACCAAUCUGUGGUGUCAGCCAUGCUGGUGACGUCAUGGGAUUCCGCGAUCUGUGUGACAUGUUCGACUAUAACUGUAUAAGGCGGCGAAAUUAUAAACAGACUGGAUGUCCUCAAGACAAAUCUAUUCUGACUGCAUCUCGUCGACCAACCAACAGCUAUUAUGAUGAUUAA